CGGCACUACCGCGCUCCGCUAGCUCCCGACUCGACGCCAGCGCCAUUUCGCUGCCGGUCGCCGUCGCUGUAACAUGUGAAGGCGCGUGUCUGACUUCGCUUGUGUCGAUCGCGUUUGUGUUGUGAAGUGAGUCUAGCGAAACUUGUAAGUGCGAUCGGUCAAACAGUGAGAAUUUCUGUGCAGUUCGUCCUAUCCUUGUGUCAAUCAAAUUGGAAUGUUGUGUAAAUUAAAGUGUAUUCAUUUUAAUUCAAAUUGCUAAGAUGUUGUGCCGCUACGACUGGACAGCGAUCGUGGGCCUGUUGACGCUGGUGAGGAUAGUCUGGGCCAGCGAUAGUGUUCACAUCUACAGGAGCUACCCAGACCUCCGCAUCACCUCCAGCACUCUCCGGUGGAUCGGCGAACAGAAUGGCAGCAGACCCGACUCAGCCGUCGUGGCGACCGUGGAGAUCGUAGCCGCUGAACCUGACAACGACGCGACAACAGGAGGCGCCGCGGGGACAGUAACGGACGAGGGACUAGUGGACGCGGUCAAGGAGCGACCUGUGCACGUCUGUCGGGCGCGUCACGGCGGUAUCUGGAUGCCGGGACAGCUCCGCAUGGGAGCCAAAGCCUGUCAGGUCUCCCUGCUGGGCAAGGUGUUCAGCAAUACCCACUACGAGGUGCUGGAGAACGUGGAGAACGGGGCGCGCCUCAGCUGGGUCCAGUGGGGACGCUACAACCCCGUGCUCCAGCGAGGUUCUGUGGCAGGAGGCGACAGCUACGUGGCGAGGCGCAAGUUGGAACAGGAGGACGAGGGCAAGGUUUUGGGAUUCCGCCACCUCGUGGGAAGGUUCGAUCCCAAGGAGGGCAUCGGCCGCAUCAUAGUCAUCGACGACACCAAAGAGGAGAGCGAGGAGAAAGAGUUCCACGAAGGAGAGAUUCUGAUAGAGACAGAGCCCAUCAAUUACGAACUGAACGGGCUGAAGUUCCUAAACAAGCGUCGCAAGGACGUCCGCACCCUGAAAGAGCUCGGGUCUGCCACCCUGAGAAAUGAUCAAUCUGAUGGUCCUGUCAAGGUGGACACAGUGGUAGCAUACGACGCUGUAGUAUCCAUGUACUGGGGCCAGGGAAAAGCCAUGCUGAAAGGAUUGGCGACCAACAUCCGCAUGCCCAAUGGUCCCAACAUUGAAGAAAUUCGAUGGGGCAUCCCCUACACAGAGGAGCGAAAGGAUGUCUACAGGGUGGAAGCUGUGCUCGAGCCAGGAACCGGGGUGAAUGUGACGGUGUGGGGGAACCAUACGGAGAGUGAAGUGCCGUACUCGGGCAAGCUGGUGGCGGUGUACGAAGACCUGCAGACUAGGGCCAGAUCAAUCUCCGGUAUCCAGAUAGAGGUGUCCAUGAAGGACCUGAAGGCAGUGUUCGGGCCUGUUUAUUGGCUGCACAACGACACCCUGGUGCCCACGACCACCACAACGACCACCACGACUACCACCACGACUACCACAACCACUACCACCACCACGCUGCGGCCCCGAGAAAACCCGGAGGACAACACGGUUCAAGGAGACGAUGACAAGGCGCACGAGGCUGUGGCCUACCAGAAGAACGUAUCGAUGGCUGCCACUGGUCCUGCACCCUCUGGCAGCUGUCACCCUCUAGCCCAUCCUUGGGUGACUCUUGUCCUUGCCCUUGUACUACCACCGGUUCUGAGGAUAACACAAGUAUCUCUGUUGUGUUCUGUGUGAAUGUGGCUGUUUGUGUGAAUCAUUGCUCUUUCUACUCUUUUGCUUCGGUUACCGACUCUCAAUUUCAAAUAUUUUAUUGCUCAUAAUUUCCUAAAUAAAAUGUGAUUGAUUACAAGAUACGUUUGGGAGGCAGCUGUUGUGCACAAAAAUAUGAGUUCAUUCUUUGUGAUAAUUUAAAAUAUUUUUAUUACAAAUAUAUUUUAAUUGUUUGCUACACUUAUUUUUAUAUAAAACCUGCCUUAUUUAUACACAAAAUAUUGUACUAUUGUUUAGUAUAAAUAAGUUCAAUAAAUAAAAAUGGCAAGAUUAAAUAGAGGGAUACUUUUAUUACUGUACAAACUAUGAGAGUAAUGUUUAAAUGUUUUUGUCUAUUUAUUAUUUUUAAUUGUUGAUUCUUAGUUGUAAUGUUAAUUUUUGCUUUAGCAAAAGCUGAACGGUACCAGUGGUUGCAAUUAUAGUCUAAUACAGUAUUGUACGAUUGAUAAGGCUGACUGCAGUGUACAUAUAGCUUUAGAUCUUCUCUGUAGACCAUUCCAGAAUAGAUAGACUGUAACCUGUCCUGUCUUACUCUUAACUACCUACUGUAAUGUAAUAGCCAGAAAUAUAUUGUUGAUGACAUUCUAAUGUUAGAUUUAGCGCCCCCGCCUGUGUAAAUUAUGGGUUAUUGUAUAUAAAAUGGAGUUGUAAAUACCUAGAGGGUGUUGAGAUGACAGGUAAAAUUGAUAUAUAUUUGUGUGAUACUUUAUUGACUAUUUGUCUCAUUUCUUGUGCAGUUCGAACUCGAUGUUAUGUACGACUUAUGGCUAGUCUAGGACUGUCAAGUUAUGUGGAACGUCACGAGAGAUUUUAUUUUUAUACUAUUGUACACAAGUGCAUCGUUAGAUGCCACAAAUCACUAUAAGCAAUUUACGAUUGAACUUUAUUUUAUAUAAUUAUUUUCACAAGAGCAAUUGGGAAAAAAAUCAUUAUUUUCGCUAGUAAAUAAUGGAUAAGUUAUAAGGGCUGUAAUAAAUUUUAGUUCUAAUAUGUACAAUAAAUAUUACGCUAUCUUAUUAUUACAUGAUAGCAUUAGGAGUUUCACUGAUAUCAUACAUAUGAAUGAUAUUAUAAAAGGAAAUAAAUUUACAGUUGGAAUUUAAGAUUACAUUUUCUUUGCAAAAUAUGUUGAUGGACAUUAUUUAUCUGGUUAAAAUUUAAUCAUAUUGAUUUAAAUAUAUAUUGUUAUUAUCUUAGCCUUGUACAUAUUUAAUUGGAAAGGUCGGUCUAAUAUCAUUGAAAUGUGAAAGUUUUGGUUAAAGUUAAAAUUUUUUACAUUAAAAAGUACACUAUCCAUUUUAGGAUAUUUUCUUAUAUUGUAAACAUUUUAUUUAAAGAUAUAUUGGUUGAUUUUUAAUAUAAAUCAGUUAUAACAAGAAUUAUUACUUUAAUAUUUACUAAAUAUGUUUACUGAUUCACUAUCAAUAGAAGAAUAACAAUAUAUUUAUUAUUUUAAAAUCAAUAUAGGCCUAUAAUUUAUUACCUGUAAUUAAAAAUGUGAUUGACGUUUUUUACAUGAUGUGACUAUUUAAAUUGAAAUGUUUUACUUAAUUAUUUUAAGUAAAUUUAUUCAUAUUAAAAUUGUAUCUCAGAAUAAAAACCAAACAGUGAUGUAAAAAUCUAUAAACCUAGAAACCAACAGAUAUAACGACAUGUAAAUAUCCACACCUGUGUAUAAAAGUAAAUAAACGAGGAAGCGGAAGAGGAUGACAAUAAUGUUGAUCAUUUGUCCAUGUAGCCCUGAUGUUGCGCUGUGGUCCCAUAAACAUCCGGCUGUAUAUUCUGUGGUUUAAUUAUACACAUGAUACAUGA